GUGUAUAUAUGAGCGAGGCGAGGGUUGUUUUGGGAAUCUCGGAAGAGUUGCGGCAAGGUCGAUAGAGCAUCCUACUCUUAAAAAACCCCAUCACACCGCGGAUUUUAUUCGCUUUCGUACAAGUGUGCGGAAAGCUAGAGGACCGAGAGGCUAUUUGGAGAUUUCAUCUCUUGAUGAGUAGCGUUGGCUAGGGCUGAAAGUUGAUGCCUUUUUUUAAAUCUCUGAGAGCGUAUACUGAGACAGCUAGCAAGCCAUCCUUCUCCAUUUGUAGCUCUGCAUGUUUUGUGGUUGUGCUACCUUUUUGAGAGAGGCAGAAGUGGCAUUCGGCUUUUUCUGAAUUCGAAAGCACCGCGUUUCUCUGGGACCAACUAUCCAGACGGUCUUCCACCACUUGGGCGGUACCAGGAGUGUGAGCUGACUACUUAUAUGUCGGAAAGAACCGGGGUUUAGAAGCAGUGUAGUUUUGCUAUUGCACACGAGUUGUGCCGGACAUUUAGCUAGGAUUUUUUUCCCUUAAAGGUCCUUAAUUCACCGGUAAUAUUUGCAAUGUCGGCGCCAUCCUCCUUGCCUCCCGCCCAGGGAGAGAACCCCGCGCCAGAAAAUGAGGGUCUGGCCGUGGAUACAGGUUUGAAGCCCGCCGGCCCGACACCCAGCUCGAGUCGGUUCCAGGUGGACCUGGUGGCUGAAGCAGCCGGUGCCGCUGAUAAAACGCUCGCAUCUGGCGAUAAAGACGCUCCCGCCCCCGAAGGUUCGGAGCCAGCGGCGGGUGGCGAGGAGGCAAAGGGUCGGUUCCGGGUAGUGAACUUUGUGGAUCCGAGUGGAGCAAGCCCACCAGAAGCAGUGCCCGCUGAAGGUUUCCAGAAUGGAGACACCGUGAUGAGUGAGGGCAGCCUACAUUCUUCGACAGGAGGCCAACAUCACUACCAUUACGACACCCAUACAAACACCUAUUACCUAAGGACUUUUGGUCACAACACCAUCGAUGCCGUGCCGAACAUCGAUUUCUACCGGCAAACUGCUGCGCCUCUGGGGGACAAGCUGAUAAGACCCACCCUUUCGGAGCUGCACGACGAGCUAGACAAAGAGCCGUUUGAGGAUGGCUUCGCCAACGGGGAUGAGCUCACCCCGGCCGAGGAGGCCGCAGCCAAGGAGGCGUCCGAGCCCAAGGGAGCAGUCAAGUUCGGAUGGAUCAAAGGGGUGCUGGUGCGCUGCAUGUUGAACAUUUGGGGCGUGAUGCUCUUCAUCCGCAUGUCAUGGAUCGUGGGCCAGGCGGGAAUUGUUCUCUCCUGUGUGAUCGUUCUCAUGGCAACAGUUGUGACUACCAUCACCGGCCUUUCGACCUCAGCGAUUGCGACCAACGGCUUUGUACGAGGAGGAGGGGCGUACUAUUUGAUAUCAAGAAGUUUGGGCCCAGAGUUUGGCGGCUCCAUCGGUUUGAUCUUCGCCUUUGCCAACGCUGUGGCCGUCGCCAUGUACGUGGUGGGCUUUGCCGAAACCGUCGUGGAGCUCCUUGCGAGCGUGGAUUGCAUCAUGACUGAUGAAAUCAAUGACAUCCGAAUCGUCGGAACCAUCACAGUCAUCCUUCUCCUGGGUAUCUCCGUGGCAGGAAUGGAAUGGGAGGCCAAGGCUCAGAUUUUCCUGCUGAUCGUUCUGAUCACGGCCAUCUUUAACUACUUCAUUGGCUCCUUCAUCCCCCUCCAGUCCAAGGAGUCGCAGGGCUUCUUCGGCUACGACAGUGGGAUUAUGAUGGAGAACAUGGGUCCGGACUUCCGGGGCACAGAAUCGUUUUUCUCAGUCUUUGCCAUAUUCUUCCCUGCAGCCACUGGCAUUCUGGCCGGUGCCAACAUCUCAGGAGACCUUUCUGACCCACAACUGGCCAUUCCAAGAGGAACACUCUUGGCCAUUCUUAUCACCGGUAUUGUCUACCUGGGUGUUGCAAUUUCUACUGGCUCAUGCAUCGUGAGAGACGCAACAGGAAACGACAAUGACACGCACAGCGCCCAGAUCACGGCCAACUGCACCGACGCCGCCUGCAAGUUCGGCUACGACUUCUCCUCCUGCAAGAGUGGCGACGGCCUGUACAACUGCAGAUUUGGACUCCAGAACGACUUCCAGGUCAUGAGCAUCGUGUCUGGUUUCGGACCCAUCAUCACCGCCGGGAUCUUCUCCGCCACUCUGUCCUCUGCCCUGGCCUCUCUGGUCAGCGCCCCCAAAGUAUUCCAGGCUUUAUGCAAAGACAACAUCUACCCUGGCCUGGAGAUGUUUGCCAAGGGCUACGGCAAGAACAACGAGCCCCUCCGCGGCUACAUCCUCACGUUUUGCAUCGCUCUAGCCUUCAUCCUUAUUGCCCAGUUGAACAUUAUCGCUCCCAUCAUCUCCAACUUCUUCCUGGCCUCCUAUGCUCUCAUCAACUUCUCUGUGUUCCACGCCUCUCUGGCCAACUCGCCAGGAUGGCGCCCCAGCUUCAAGUACUACAACAUGUGGGUGUCCCUGGCUGGAGCCGUGCUGUGCUGCGUGGUCAUGUUCGUCAUCAACUGGUGGGCAGCCUUGAUGACCAACGUCAUUGUCAUGGGCCUCUACAUCUACGUGAGCUACAAGAAGCCCGAUGUGAACUGGGGCUCUUCCACUCAGGCUCUGACAUACCACCAAGCCCUGACCCACAGUCUGCAUCUCAGCAGUGUUGAGGACCACAUCAAGAACUUCAGACCUCAGUGCUUGGUGAUGACGGGCUACCCCAACUCCCGUCCGGCUCUGCUCCACCUGGUCCACGCUUUCACCAAGAAUGUGGGCCUGAUGAUCUGCGGCCAUGUUCGCACGGGCUCCAGAAGGCCCAACUUCAAAGAGCUGUCCAAUGACCAGACACGUUACCAGCGCUGGCUGAUGAAGAACGAGACCAAGGCAUUCUACACACCCGUGUUCGCUGAGGACAUUCGGGAGGGCACCCAGUAUCUGCUACAGGCGGCUGGCCUAGGUCGUCUGAGGCCCAACACUCUGGUGAUUGGCUUCAAGAACGACUGGAAGGACGGAGACAUGAUGAACGUUGAGACCUACAUCCAGAUGAUCCAUGAUGCUUUUGACUAUCAGUACGGUGCCGUGGUCCUCAGACUGAAGGAGGGUCUGGACGUGUCCCACAUCUCAGAACAAGAUGACCUGCUGUCGUCGCAGGAGAAAACGUCGGGGAUGAAGGAUGUGGUGGUGUCCAUCGACAUGAAGGACUCUGACGGAGACUCAUCCAAGCCCUCGUCCAAAGCCACCAGCGUCCAGAACAGCCCAGCCAUCCAGAAAGGUGACGAUGAUGAACGCAAAGCCGCAACGAAGCCGCUGUUGAGAAAAGAGAAAAGCCCCCAGACGUUGAACGUGGCCGACCAGAGGCUACUGGACGCCAGUCAGCUGUUCAAAAGGAAACAAGGCAAAGGCACUGUUGACGUGUGGUGGCUCUUUGACGACGGCGGCCUCACCCUGCUCAUCCCCUAUCUGCUCACCAACAAGAAGAAGUGGAAUGACUGCAAGAUCCGCGUCUUCAUCGGAGGCAAGAUUAACAGGAUCGACCACGACCGCAGAGCGAUGGCCACACUUCUCAGCAAGUUCAGGAUAGACUUCUCUGACAUCAAUGUACUGGGAGACAUCAACACCAAGCCCAAAAAAGAGAAUGUGACUGCCUUUGAGGAGAUGAUCGAGCCGUACCGGCUGAAGGAGGACGACAUGGAGCAGGAUACAGCAGAGGCACUGAAGGCCAGCGAGCCCUGGAGGAUCACAGACAACGAGCUGGAACUCUACAGGGCCAAGACUAAUCGUCAGAUCAGACUGAACGAACUGCUGAAGGAGCACUCGAGCACAGCCAACCUCAUUGUCAUGAGCAUGCCCCUGGCCAGAAAGGGAGCAGUAUCCAGUGCUCUCUACAUGUCCUGGUUGGAGACUCUGUCCAAGGACCUGCCUCCCCUCCUCCUGGUACGAGGCAACCACCAGAGCGUCCUCACCUUCUACUCUUAAAAUCACACACACACACGCUGCCUCUGGGACCGCCCACACCUCCUAUCCCAGUGCUAGCCCUAAGAGACACACACACACUCCAAUGAAGGUAGAAACCGUAGCCAUUUGAUGAUGAUGAUGAUGAUGAUGAAGGAUAUGGUGUUGCUCUGGAGGUCCAGCCUCUUAUGUGAAAGUGGGGGGUGGGUCGGGGGGAAGUCCACACUACUCUUUUCAAAUUGUACACAGCACACGAAAGAAGUGAACAAUUUGAAUUUACUCAAAGUUGAUUUCCUCUGGCUUGAAAGCAUCUGUUCAUGCGAUUCACACAGCGUUACUAUCAUUAUUGUUUUGAUUCAGAUUCUUCUCCAUGUCACGUUUUUAAGUUAGAUCAUUUUUGCUUUUCUCAAAGCAGCAAUAAUCACCCUCUAAUUUUUCCUUUUCUUGUGUUGGGAGAGAACCAUGCCGAAUGCUUUGCUACUCCUUUUAUAGCCUUAUGGAUGUGCCUUCCAGUUGAAAUUAGAGGAUAUAAUUAUGAAUCACUCUACCCAGAUUGAAUGGUAUGAAGAAUAUAGAUGGAUAAGUUAUUUUGUUAUUGGGUUUUAAAUGGUUUUUUUUAGGAAUGUUUUUAUGCGAGUGGAUUGUAGGAGGUGAGCAAAGAGUCUCCACUUGAUGGAACAAAAAGCUUUCUGGUGUUUAUUUCUCCUCCCUAAACGGUUUCCUAUUGUUUUCUGACCUCUGAUUUAAUUUUACUCCACAUUUGUCUUCCUUUAAGGUGUGGAAAUUAAACAGUGUUCUUAGUGCAGCACCCUCUACUUUCUAGUAGACGCAAUCAACUUCAACUCUGAAAGGUGAUUUGGUUGGUGCCCAAGAAUGGUCUCUUAACAAAGAUAUCUGCAGGUCUACACUUGGAAGGUCCAGGGGUCUUACUACCAUGCUGUCAGAAAUUACUAGACGUGGGUUUAGCUUCGGAUUAGCCUCAGCAUCUUUUGAGAGACAACUUAGUCCAGUUCUUAGUCCACGUCGGAUUUGAGUAGGUUCCCCUCAUUGACGUCUGUCUUCAUAGUGGAAUCUAUGGGCUGAAUCCUAAUUUGAGACGCUCCAAUUUUACUCAAACUUUUUGUGGAAUUUGUGUAUUGAUGUCUAAAGGAGACUUGAAAGUCUGAGUUGGUAAUUCAUAUCUCAAGUUAGGACUCUGCCCCUCAGGUCCCCCACAUUGGAGUGACUACAAAGGAACCGGUCUAGCCCUUACAACCGAAUUAAGACUUUGCCUUAACUUUGCUGAGUGUCUUUGUUCAGAGUUUGAGUUAGUUCCGUGUUCAAAAGAGGGGAAAUUGUAGGUAGAAGCUAUGGAUUAGCAUGUUUCAAGAGGGAACUGAUACAUGUCUCUAUGCAGAUGAGCUGUAAUCAUUACUUGUUAUAAAAGCCCAUACAUGGUUUAUUUGAAAGGUUCCACUGUCCCUCAGUUCAUUUUUGGACCAUUUAGGCUGGUCCUUAAACCUAUUGUCAGCCCACUUUGCCAUUGUUCCGGGAGAGUAAAAAUUGUAGUCAUAAGGCCGACCAUGUCAUUGCCCCGCUCUUACCUAGUUCUCAUCAUUUUAUGCAAUUAAAAAAGUUUUUUUUGGGCAGGAGGCUUGGGUCAGUUGAAUGUAAAUCUGAUUAACACUAAAGUGGGAGUUGAUGAAGGGAUGGUCUCUUUCUGUUGCUUUUAUUUUCAACAAGCUACAGGUUUUUUAGAUUUCAGUCCCACAUGGAAAUCCACAUGCAGUGUGCUUUGCAUUUCAGGUUCAUUGUACUAUUACCACCCACACGACUGCAUCUCCCCAUUCUGUGUUCUUUAUCUAGACCAUGACUACGCCAUGUGAUUAUGAAUGAAUAUAUAUAUAUAUAUAAUCUCGUAUGUAUGUGUGUAUAUAUAUAUAUACACACUAGUGUAUCAAAAAUAUCUCUCAAAUGUGCAAAGCAUGUCAUUAUCUUUUCUUCUUUCUUUUUUUUUUAUGGUUGGGGGAUUGUAAAUCUUUUUAGAAACCAGAUGGUACAAUCUUACUAACCAAGAUCUGUUCUGUGUACUGGUGUGUAAAGCACUCAACCCUCAGUUACUGUUACAAAGCGACAAUGUUACAAACAAAAACACGGGUUACUCUACAUUUUAUAUUUAAAUAUAUGAAUAAGAAAAGAUGUAUCAAUCCAACCGGGCGGGGCUCUUUGUCAUUGAUGUCACGUAAAAAUACAAAAAAACUUGCUAUCGAUAUGUCACAACCAAAUAAGGUGCGUUCUUUUUUUUUAUUGAUGUGAGGAGUGUAAUACUGUAACAUCCUAAUCAAUGUCAUUAUUUAGCAGGAACUUGACACUACUGUGCUCUAUCCAAGAGACCAAAACAUGUCGCCUGCAACUGGUAUCCACGCCAUGUUGAGACGUCUUCAUCCUCUUUGUAACCAAAGCCCCCCCCCCUCCCAUCUGUCUUGAGUUGUGAGCCAUGACAAUGGAUGAAGAAAAGCAUUAGUCAAAAAUUCUCAUGACUCAGAACCCUUAGUUCACACUGUAACUCGAAGAAAAACUAACAUGUAAAUAAAAGUAGUAGUCUAACUAGGUAAAUUAAGGGAGUAGAAUAUUAAUGGCAAGUUAAUAUGGAGAAAGAUAUAUAUUUAUUUUAGUUUAGAAUUCUCCAAGUUUUUUUUCUUUUUGUUUUAAAUUAAUUUGCAUGUUAAUUUUUGCGUUUUGAUCAACAACAAAAAAUCAGUUUCUCUUUUUCAGUCUGGACAUUUCUAUCUUUUAUAUGCCUUUGAACGAAAAGUUGUGUUGACAAAGCAGUUUAAAGAUGUUUUCUCCUGCUCUUCCAUCUGGGUAGAUGUGAUCUACCUAGCUGGUUGAAACAGUAAUGUUUGAUAUACUGUACUGUUAACUGUCACAUGUUUUUUUUCUAACAUUUUAACAUUUAAGGUUACCAAUACUUUGUACAUCUAUUGCAAUAAAUAAAUUAAAUGAAUCAAUCAUUA